AUGCCUAAAGAGCGCUUCAACAUGAGCCCGUAUCAUCCGCUGCCACUUACGUUGAAAGACCAACGCACUCUGCUCGAGCUUGAGAGUGACUUGGUGGAAGACACUUUCCAGAAGUAUGAGAAGUUUGUCCUGAGCAACUCGCAAGUGAACUUGGCGCGUUGGAAACACGUCAAGUCCAAGGACGAUCUCCACAUUUAUGUGAAACGCACCAACGGGUCAAAGGGGAAGCAAACCAGUACACAGUGCUGUCGCUCCCCAGAAGAGAAGUGCACGGGCACAUCAAAGCCUGUUGUGCUGAGCGUUGGCACGUUCACGGGGCAGCUGGACGACCUCAUGUACGGCACAGUGAACCCGACCGAUGACAUCAUGCAAGUCAAAGCUUCGUAUGUCCACGAUUACAGUGAUGGGGCGGUGCUGGCUACGCUAGUCAAGCCCACGCCAGCCGAUCCGUUCCGCUCCGUGACAGUCAAGUGGCUACAAAUUGAUCUUCCUCUAAGCUACACAAAGCUGAUCAAAGACCGAGACUUCCUUUGUCUAGAAGCUUCGGGUAUCCUUCAUUUCGCGAAUGGAGAGAGGGUCGGCUACCUGAUGCUGCACUCAAUUGACUCACCACUUGUGCAACCGCUCCCCAAUGUUGUGCGUGCAAAGCACUACAUCACUGGAUUCUUCCGGCAAAUUGCUCCCAAUGUCAUCGACACGUUCGCCUUUGACUCAGUCGAUCCGGGUGGCGCGAUCAUGGAUUCGCUAUUGUUACCAGUAUGCGCCAAUGCGCUUUUGUCAGCCACAAACUACGUCGAGUGUGGAUUGAUGAAGAAGCUCACGUGGAUGCUCCAAAAACGACAGAUCUCGUUGGGCGUGGGGAACGUGGCACCACUGUUACGCUGUGAAGACUUCUGCGUCACGUGCAAUCGCGACGUGCAACCAGGUGUCAUCAAGCACCUGUGGAAGGACAAGUGUUCGAUGUGCUUGGGUGAGUUGUGCUUCGGGUGCAAACAAGUCAAGACCAUGAGCUUCCUCACCCGAGAUCGCAAGGUAGUACGACGCAAGGUCACCUUCUGCAGUGCGUGUAUUACGAUGGGCUUUCGAGUAGACGCUUUGGACGCAGCACGCGACCAAGCCGAUGGCUACCGGCCUUACAACACUUGCUAG